UGGCUGUUUUACAUUUUCUCGUUUCCAAGAUACCCAUUUCUGCUCUACAACAAUGGCAUGCGAACCCUCCAAUACUCGGCAUCUGAAAGGGCUGGGAGCCCUUUGCUGCAGCAUGCUUCUCCUUUCAAACCUGCCAGUCGCCAGUGCACUGCAUCACAUGAAGCUCGUAGCCCCCCAGCGUAGCCUCAAGCAAACCGACAACAACACGCCGCUCAUAGUCUCAAACUGGUGCAGCGACACCAUCUGGCCAGGCUUCCUUACACAAUCUGGUUUUGGCCCUGUCUCGAGUGGAUUUGCCCUCCAGUCCGGAGAGAGCAGGAACCAGACUGUAUCCGAGGAUUGGCAAGGCCGUAUAUGGGGAAGGACGAACUGCACUUUCGACGAUAACGGCAAUGCAUCGGAAGAUGGUCCGACGGCUUGUGGGUCUGGAGACUGCAAUGCCAAACUUGAAUGCGUUGUUUCUGGCAACAAUCCAGUGACACUCGCCGAGUUCACUCUCGAUGCUGGUGAUGGGCAAACUUACUAUGAUAUAUCCAUGGUCGAUGGAUACAACUUGCCCAUGGCCAUUGUCCUACAGCCUUUGGGCAACUCCAGCAUUGCUGAUCUCCCACCGAACCGCACCAACCCUUCAUGCCAAGGCACAUCCGGAAUGCUCGCCGACAAGUCUUUCAACCCAUAUGACACCCAGCAGCUGUUCCUCGGUACCAACAGCUCUUACCCGCUCCCCUUUGACCGAGACGUCACAGACAGCCAGGUUUCUUCAUGGUGUCCCUGGAAUCUUCAGGUCAACCCACCGGAAAAGCCUGGCGAUGGUGUAUACCCCUAUCCGGAUGACAACAUUCAGCGACCGGCCUUUGAUCCUUGCUACUCUGCCUGUGCGAAAUGGAACAAGGAUGAAGAUUGCUGCGUCGGUGAACAUGACUCCCCGGGAACCUGCAAACCAAGCGAUUACUCCAAAGCCGCAAAGGCUAUUUGCCCGGAUGCCUAUAGUUAUGCAUUCGAUGACCAGACAUCAACGUUCAUUAUCCCCGCAGGUGCAGGUUUCGAGGUCGUUUUCUGCCCCAGUGGACGGUCGACUAAUAUCCUCGAGAUGGCUGGAGGCGGCAAAACGAACAACGGCGGUGACUCCAUGCUCGCUCUUGGGGGUCAACGCGUGCUCGGUUUGUUGCUCGCAACGGCCACCAACGUGUUUUUUAUUUCCAUCCUCUUCUAAUUUUGUUUUUGUGUGUAUAGAUAUGAAGGGGAUGUACGAUGAUUUCAGCGAUUGGAGCCCUGCUCUGUUAGAAAAGCGACACGCUGUCAGCGGCCUGGUGCCCGCUAGACUUUUUUCCUUGGUUUAUGGCGG